AUGGUGAACCUUUCUCAUCUUAGGCCUACCGAUUCUAACCUAAUGGACGCUGAUAUGAUUAGGGACGUUUUUGGACCUGAUUACCAUCGAACGGUACGCGUCGUUAUGAUUGCAGUAAUGAUAAUCAUCUCCGUCUUGGGAAACGUUGUGGUUUGUUGGCAGCUUCUUAACUCUCGCCGGCUUCAUCAUUCAAAGCCCAAAAUCCUAUUUCUUAACCUUUCUGUAGCCGACCUGCUAGUCACCAUGGUGACCAUGACAUCGCAGCUAAUAUGGGAAGUUAUGGGUAGAUCAUGGAUAGCCGGAGAUGUAUUCUGUCGUUUAUUCAAGGUACUCCAGACAUUUGCCCUUGUUUCAUCUACUUACAUGUUGGUCGGUAUCGCUCUGGAUCGUUAUUACGUCAUAGUUCAUCCCCUAAGCUCGUACGUUUCUUCGUGGAAACUUCCCCUGGCGGCUUGGAUGGCCUCUUUACUCCCUUCGCUUCCCAAUGCUUACAUUUUUCGUGAAGUCCAAAUCGGGAAAAAUCAAUAUUUAUGUAGUUCCCUCUUUUAUACCGAGAAUUAUCCACGGUUUCAUCGCCAGCUGUACAUGGCUGCUGUGUUUUUAACUGUAUUCAUCAUCCCCUUUUGUCUUCUUGUGGCCUUGUACUCACGAAUUUUACUAGAAAUAAGGCGACAAUCAUCAGCAAUGAGAAAUUGCCACCAAACGGCGUCGGCCCUUCCCCGUGCAAAGGUGAAGACAAUGAUGAUGGCUAUGUCUAUCUUUGUUGCCUUCAUGAUUACCAAUCUUCCAUACGUCAUCCAGGAGAUGGUGUUGGCUUUUGGAAAUCCAGAAACCUUAGACAAGAAUACGGUGGCGUUAUUUGGUGUCAUCUCAGCCAGUAACAGCUCUAUCAAUCCUUACAUAUAUUUGAUCUUUCAUUCCAAGCUUGAUGCAUGGAAUCGAUUCGCCUCUUCUAUAAAAGCUGUCAAAAAUAGCAGCAUAUCCAGGAUCCAAGCUUGGCACUCGAGACUUUCGUACAAAAACACCUCGCUUACAAAUUCGCGUAACAAUACUCGGAAUUCUGUUGAUGUUCUAAGUUCUCCUCAGGGUGAAAAGUCUGAAGCAUUACAGCUUACUGUACUCGUAAAAAAUAGUUCAUUGCUUGAGAAAGCAAAUUACGUUUGA